UACACUGCAGUUAUUGUGGAUGAAUGGUAGUUAGAGUGAAUGUGAAAGGGGGUGAUGGGGGAACGGUAGAACAUCAGGCUUUGUCCUGGCUUUCCUCAGUGUCCAUGGCGUCACACUCACCAUCUGGAAACUUGCUGAUAACUCAUUUGACCUGUCCAUAUAAUUUUGCAUUCACUUGUGUCCCUCUCACAACCCUGUGUUCCCACUUCUGUCUGUGAGUUUAUUCAUCCAGGCAAGUGAAGAAAAUUCCAUUGUACAACUGGCCUGUGCCUUGUACUUGAUGAACAGGCUUUGAGGAGUCGGGAGGGCCUUAGAAAGGAGGAUUUGUAGCCGGGAAACAAACCAAAUGUAACAUCAGGACCUAACAGAUGUGACCAAUUCAUUGCAACGUGAAUAUCAUCAGGUUUUGAACAUGGAAGGAAAAGGUACCGUUCAUGGUGGGGAGAAACCAUACACAUGUUCUGUAUGUGGACAAGGUUUCAGCCGAUCAUCUGAUAUGUUAGGACAUAAAUGCAGCCAGAAUGUGGAGAAACCGUGGAAAUGUGCGGACUGUGGGAAGGGAUUCAUUUCCCCCUCGAAGCUGGAAACUCAUCGGCGCAGUCACACCGGAGAGAGGCCAUUCUCCUGCUCUGGGUGUGGGAAAGGCUUUACCACGUCAUCCCACCUGCAAAGGCACCAGCGAGUCCACGCUGGGGAGAGGCUGUUCACCUGUAACGAGUGGCGGAAGGGAAUCACAUCUUCCUCUGGCUCAUUAACACAUCAACAAGUUCAAACUGCAGAAAGAUCUUUUAAGUGCCCAGACUGUGGGAUGUGCUGCGCAAGUUCUGAGGGACUGAUGUCCCACCAGUGUGCUCAUGCUGACGGAACACCAUUCCGGUGUUCCCAUUGCAGGACUGGAUUUGAGACAUUGCCUGAACUCACUGUGCACCAACGUGCUCACACUGGGGAGAAGCCAUGGAAAUGUGGUGACUGUGGGAAGGGAUUCAGUUACCCCUCUGAGCUGGAAACCCAUCACCGCACUCACACUGGUGAGAAACCAUUCACGUGCUCUGACUGUGGGAAGGGAUUCACUCGGUCUUACCAGCUGAUGACACAUCGGCGAGUUCACACCGGGGAGAGACCAUUCACCUGCUCUGAGUGUGGGAAGGGAUUCACAAAUUCAUCGGACCUUCUGAUACACCAGCGAGUUCACACUGGGGAGAGAGCAUUUACCUGCUCUGUGUGCGGGAAGGGAUUCACUACCUCGUCUACCCUGGUGACACACCAGCGGGUUCACACCGGGGAGAGGCCCUUCACCUGCUCUUUAUGUGGGAAGGGAUUCACUCGGUCAUCCACCCUGGCGAUGCACCAGCGAGUUCACACCGGGGAAAGGCCGUUCACCUGCUUUGAUUGUGGGAAGGCCUUCACUCAGUUAUCCAGUCUGCUGAGACACCAGCGAGAUCACAGCGGAGAGAGGCCAUUCACCUGCUCUCAGUGUGGCAAGGGAUUCACUCGGUCGUCGACCCUGUUGAAGCAUCAACAAGUUCACCAGGAACUGCAGUGAUUGUAUUUUGUUGAAAAGCAUGCAAGAACUGAAUCAUGUUCAUUGGAGUCUAUUUCUGCUCCUUGAAUAGAAUCCAGCACAUUAAGGUGAACAUACAGGAUUAAAGUCAAAUAAAGUUGUAUUGAAGAA